AUGGCUUCCAUUUCCGUGGAUCGCAUUCUGGCGGCAGCCCCGGUCACGCUCCGCGGCCAGCCGACACCUCUCUCUGCCGAUCCCAAGGGACAGCGCAUAGCGUACGCGUCGGGCAAGUCCAUCUUCAUCCGGUCCAUCGACAACCCGGCAGACUGCAAGCAGUACACGGGCCACACAGCCGCGACCACCGUGGCGCGGUUCUCGCCGUCCGGCUUCUACAUUGCCAGCGGCGACGUGUCCGGCAAGGUGCGCGUGUGGGACGCCGUGGAGGCCGUCAACACCAAGGGCGAGUACCCCAUCAUCUCGGGGCGGAUCAACGAUGUGGCGUGGGACGGCGACAGCCAGCGCAUCAUUGCGGUCGGCGACGGCCGCGAGCGGUUCGGCCACUGCAUCACGGCCGACAGCGGCAACAGCGUCGGCGAGGUCAGCGGCCACAGCAAGGUGGCCAAUGCCGUGGCGCUGCGCCAGCAGCGGCCCCUGCGCGCGGCGACCGUGUCCGACGACGGCUCCAUGUGCUUCUUGCACGGCGCGCCGUUCAAGUUCAACUCCAAGGCCGACGGCCUGCACAAGGGCUUUGUGUUUGGCACGGCCUUUUCGCCCGACGGCAGCACGCUCGUGACGGUCGGCGCCGACCGGCGCAUCCAGCUGUACGACGGAAAGACGGGCGAGCCGACGACCACGGUGGGCAGCGACGGCGACGCGCACACGGGCAGCAUUUUCGCCGUCAGCUGGUCCUCGGACUCGAAGCGCAUAGUCACGGCGAGCGCCGACCAGACGGUUCGCGUCUGGGACACGCAGUCGGGCAAGUCGCUGCAGACGUGGCGGCUGGGCGGCUCGUCGUCCGUGGCGAGCGUGCCCGACCAGCAGGUCGGCGUCGUGUGGCCGAGCGGGCGCAGCGACGACCUGAUUCUCAGCAUCAGCCUGAGCGGCGACAUCAACUACCUCACGUUUGGCCAGGACGAGCCCGUCCGAGUGGUGUACGGCCACAACAAGUCGAUCACGGCACUGGGCGUCGAGUCGGACGGCAAGGGCCAGGGCCUGUGGACGGGCAGCUUUGACGGCCGCGUGUGCCAUUGGGAUCUGGCCAAGGCCGAGGCGCAGGUGGUGGAUGGUCAGGCACACACGAACCAGGUGACCCAGUUUGCGUCCCUGGCGAGCCAGCGGCAGACGUACAGUGUGGGCUGGGACGACACGCUGCGCGCCGUCGACGAGGGCGCCCUCACGUUUACGGGCUCCGACGGCAUCAAGCUGAGCGGCCAGCCCAAGGGCAUUGCGUCGACGGACAGCGGCCACGUCUUUGUGGCGCUGGCGUCGGGGAAGAUUGCCGUCUAUCUCAAGGGCCAGCUGGUCACCGAGGUGCCGACGGCUGACUACACACCGACGGCCAUUGCGGCGAGCGGAUCGCUCGUGGCCGUCGGCAGCAGCCCCGAGCCGGUCGUGUAUGUGUACAAGCUGGAUGGCAGCGGCUCACUGAAGCUUCUACAGACGCUCAAGAAUUCGACAUCGGCGAUUUCGGUGCUGUCCUUCUCCAAGGACGGCAAGUACUUGGCGGCCGGCAACGCGAGCGGCAAGAUUGUGGUAUACGAGACCGGAUCGUGGCAGGUGGCGACGGACCGGUGGUCGGCGCACACGGCGCGCGUCACGACGAUAGCAUGGAACGACGCGGCGACACACGCGGCCAGCGGCGGUCUCGACACGAAUGUGUUUGUCUGGAGCCUGGCCAAGCCGGGCAGCCGGGUCAAGGCGCUGAAUGCACACAAGGACGGCGUCAGCGGCGUCGCAUGGGUCGACGGCAGCCAAAAGGUGGCGAGCGCCGGUGUUGACGCGGCACUGAAGAUUUGGACUGUCUCAGGGCUACAAUAA